AUGUCGGCUGUGUCGUUGUGGUCGAGGGCAGUGAGGCACAUUGCCGCAGGCAGGGCAUGCUCGAGCGGCUCCGCUUCUGUGACUAGGGUGCUUCCAUCGGCAUAUCAGACCACACGACUAGCUUCAACGUCAGCGGCCGCGGGCCCCAGCACACCGCCCGAGAUCAGGGGAGGUGGGAAGGUCCGACGCUCCCCGUCCCCGAAGGCUCGCAGACACCAUGGAGACAAGACUGGGCCCAGCUCAACUCAGAACAGGGCGGUCCCGUCAGACCGCACCGACGAGCGACCGGAGUCGCGAAAGAGGCUAUCUGGCUUUUCGAAACCUAAAAGCAAUCGCCGUGGUGGGAAUUUCUACAACACAAAGCAGAGCUUUGCCUUCAAGCUUUCCUCCGCCUCUAGCGAUCCUCACCCGCGAAUCGCAAGUGCUCCAUCCACCUCCGACGGCGUUUCGUCGAGCAACCAAGAUGCCUCUCAUAGGGAGAUCUCGGCUUCCAUAGGAUCUGAAGAUACCGGCCAUGGCGCAGAAGUUCAGGCAGAGAUGCCGGAUCAAGAAAACGGAGAGAGCGCAGCAGGGCCUUCUGGGACGAAUUCGCCACCAAAUGACCAGCUGGUGACAGCGGAGGAGCGGCUGCGGGCGUUUUUUGCGGCCAAGACGGGAAGACCUUCCAACACCUCAUUCAAGGCGACGCUGGCAGAAGCGUCAGAAGAAGACUCUUCGUCUACGUACCCGAUAGAUCAAGGCUUGCAGCUCGAUGCCAUCACGGUCGAUGACGCUGCGAGUCAGCCGGCUGCCUCUUUCAUCGAAGAGACGGCCUCUCCCAUCUUCUCAAGGCCCAAACUUGCCGAUCUGCAGCGGGCAGGGCAGGGCGACGAGCUCGUCGGGCUCUAUCAGUCCGACACUGUAUGGGAUCCCAGCAAGGAAUACGCCCUCAUGCCCGAAGGACCUGAGCGCACGUCGAUCGUGGCCAAAGUGUUGGAUCGGGCGCCUACACAACACAUCAUGGUCAUCCUGGACGGCGACAAUCUGCUUUUCGCGCCACAACACAUGAACAAGGGCUAUGAGGGCGGCAAAUUUGUCUACAAUGAGCUGCGCGAGCGGAUCGCCAAGAAGCAUCGUCUCAACCCAAAGAACUUGGAUCUGCGCAUCCGCAUCUUCAGCGCGACGAACGCGCUUGCCACGGUGCUCAACAAAGCGCGAGUCAUGCGCAAAGACUUUUUCUUCGACUUCCUGCAGGGCAUCAUGGACAGCGGGCCGUACAACUACGUGAUAAAUGUGGGCAAGGCGAGUCAGGCUGCCGACAUCCGCGUCAAGGCGGCGCUAGCCGAUGCGAUCCGCGAUCCGCGUUGCUUUCGCGCCUAUCUUGGCGGUUUGGACGACUAUGGGUACAUUGAGGACCUCCGUCUGAUUCACGAGCGCGGCUUGCUGGAGAGCAAGGUCAACUUGAUUCAGGUGCCCGGCUUCGCGCGCGAUUCGAACGUGUACCGAGCCUACGCGCAUCGAGCGAUCGAUCUCGACUAUCUGUUCAAGAACAACAAGGUGGCUCUCGCUGACAUGCAGCUAUACGACGAGGAAGCGUUCAAGACAGGAGAUACGGUGGCGAAGGCGGUCUCGAAAAUCCCCUGUGCCUUCCACCACUUGGCCAAGGCGGGCUGCAACAGCGGUGACUCGUGCCAAUACUCGCACGAACCCAUCACUGACGAGUACAGGGAACGCCUCCGCAAGCGGUAUAAACAGCGCAAGUGCCCGCUUCUGACGAGGGGUGAACAGUGUCACUUUGGCGACGACUGCCUCUUUUCGUAA